AUGUCGGCUGGCACUGACAUCACCGCGUCAUCAGAAUCGAUUAAGUCCUUCACAGGAGCCAAGAUGGCCUCGAAUGGAAAGACCAGUGCUCCGACCCACGUACUGGCGGCUUUCAUCGCCCUCAGUCUAUCGAUCUUUCUAGUAGCACUCGACACUGUGCUCAUCCCAACCGCUUUGCCCACGAUCUCCCAGUCCUUCCACAUCCCAGAUUCCCUUUACGCCUGGAUAGGAUCAUCCUACCUUCUCGCCAACGCUUCAUCAGUCCCGUUCUGGGGGAAGCUCUCGGACAUUUUUGGACGAAAGCCAGUAAUCCUGGCAGCCAACGCCAUUUUCCUUGGCGGCAGCAUCUUGUGCGCCGUCAGUGUGAAUGCCGUUAUGCUCAUUUUCGGUCGUGUCGUUCAGGGUCUCGGCGGCGGUGGGGUGGUGGUACUGGUUCACGUAUGCGUCAGCGACCUCUUCACCAUCCGGGAUCGGUCCUUCUACAUGGGUACUGUUGGUGCUGUAUGGGCCGUCGCCUCUGCUCUGGGCCCGGUACUUGGCGGCGUCUUUGCACAACGUCUCCAUUGGACGUGGUGCUUUUACAUCAACAUACCCAUCAUCUCGCUAGCGAUCUUAGUGUUGUAUCUUACGCUACACCUACACAACCCACGAACGCCCUUUAAAACAGGACUCGCGGCUAUGGACUGGCUGGGGACGGUCACGAUAAUCACGGCUACUAUACUUCUGCUAGUAGGCCUCCAAGUAGGUGGCAUUAGCUCCUACUCGAACGCAGGAGUCAUCACGUGCUUGCUGUUUGGAUCACUCGCUUACGUCGCCUUCCCUUUCUCGCAACACUGGGUGGCACAACAUGGCGGCAGCCCUAUCAUGCCACUGCGCAUCUUCAAGGACAUCAGCAACCUCAGCGCACUGGCCGUAUGCGCAUGCGACACUGUGGUCUUUACCUCGGUCGCUUACUUCCUACCCUUGUACUUCCAGAUCGUGCUCGGGCUCCAACCAGAGAUCACAGGCGUAUGUAUGCUCGCCGUCGCGAUACCUUUGGCACUUGUUUCAUUCGCUUCUGGUCAUGUCAUAGAGAAGACUGGGCGUUUCCUAGAAGUACUGCAAGUGGGUCUGUUUGUUAUGACGCUCGGUGUCGGCCUUCUCAUCUCGCUCGGCACCGCGCCAAGUCUUGGAACUAUCGUCGCAUUCAUGGUCAUUAUCGGCCUGGGUUUCGGGCCCAACUUUGGCGCGCCGCUCAUUGCUCUACAAACGCGCAUACAAGAGGCGGAUAUCGCGGCCGGUACUGCGGCUUUUGGAUUUUUACGUGCAAUAUUUGGUGCCAUCGGUCUAGUUAUCGGCCAAGUGGUAUUCCAACUCCUCAUGGCGCCACACUACGAGAAGAUUGUUGACAGUGGCAUCGUAGAAGAUGUUGCUCUUAACCUCACUGGGGGCGAAGCGAUAUCUCAAAGCGCCGCUAUCACUGGCCUCACUGAGUUCCAGAAGAGUAUAGUCCGCUAUAGCUUCAUGAGCGCGCUGAGAGGGACCUGGAUUCUCAUGACGAUUGUGGGUGCCAUUGGACUUUUGAUCUCGUUCGGUAUCAAGAGGACGAAGUUGCGUCGAGAAAGGACGACUGAGCUUAAGGAGCUCGAAGUCACAUCGAGCGACUGA